AUGUCGCCUCUUUGGUCUUCGAUUAUCAAGUUGCAGUUAACUAUAAAUAUGAGAGCACUAAUCGAUCCAUGGUUCUCAGACUUUCUAUUACGCAUCGAUGAUGGAGUUGAAGAAAUGGUGCACGGAAACUUUAUUCGCAUCCCUGAUGAUAUGGUAAUUCCUUUCACUGAAAAAGAAAAGUCAUUCCAUGCUUUGAUUGAUGCAAUCUUUCCAUCAUUUGAAGUUAAUAGAUAUGAACUAGAUUAUAUUAUUUCGUGUGCAAUACUAUCCAGAAGAAAUGAUAGUGUCGAUGAGAUUAAUGAUUAUUUGAUCGGCCGAUUUCAUGGAGAAGAGAGAAUUUACUAUAGUUUUGAUGAAACCGUGGACGAUAUAAAUAACUUCUAUCACGUGGAAUUCUUGAACAAACUCAGUGUUAGUGGUUUGCCCCCUCAUUACUUAAGACUGAAAGUUGGAUGCCCGAUAAUACUGUUACGGAAUCUUGACCCGUCAAAUGGAUUAUGUAACGACACCCGAUUGAUAUGUACAAGUUUUAAAAACAAUGUCAUUGAUGCUGAAAUAGUUAUUGGUCAACAUGCUGGAAAGAUGGUAUUUUUGCCAAGGAUUCCUCUUAGUCCGUCUGAAGUUGACAUGUUCCCGUUCAAUCUGAAGAGAAAGCAAUUUCCAAUUCGAUUAUGUUUUGCAAUAACAAUUAAUAAAGCUCAGAGACAAACAAUUCUAAAUGUAGGAAUUUAUCUUCCAUAA